CGCCCACCAGCUCUUCAAGCCUGAACCGGCAACUCCCAAAAUAGCAAUGCGAAUUCGGGAAGCCUCGGGAAAAAUGGCUGAAGCAGUUUCACCAAUAACUCGACAAGUACAUCCAGAACAACGGGAAAAUAGGACCUCUUCUGUCGAUUUUCGUCUUGAAGACGUCGAAGAUUGUUUAAUUUACGACCGGCAUGGAGUCUCUAAUCCGUUCAAGAAAUUAUAUCAAGACAGGAAAUCGGUCAUAAUUUUCGUGCGGAAUUUCUUGUGCUACAGCUGUACAGAAUAUGUGGAGGAUUUGAGCAAAAUACCUAAAGAAGCACUGGAGGAUGCUGGCAUUAGACUAGUUGUGAUUGGUCAGUCAGCUCACCAUCAUAUAGAGCCUUUCUGCUCAUUGACGGGGUAUCCUUAUGAAAUAUAUGUGGACCCAGAGAGGUGCAUUUAUCAGAAGCUUGGGAUGAAGAGAGAGGAGAAAUUUACGGAUUCAGCCCACCCUAGUCCCCAUGUGAAGUCUGGUAUCUUUAUGGGACAAAUGAAGAGUAUAUGGAGGGCCAUGACUAGCCCUGCAUUUGACUUCCAGGGUGACCUACAUCAGCAAGGUGGCGCGAUCAUUGCAGGACCAGGCUCCCGUGUUCAUUUUUCCCAUUUUGACAUGAACCGUCUGGACCACAUGCCCAUUAACUGGCUCCUGCAGCUUGCCGGAGUUCAACAGACUCUGGACUUCAGCGAUAAGCCAAUCAUCCAUGUGUAGCCAGCUGGCCGCCUUCCUCCCUCUCCCCGCAUCACUGUUCGGGCAACAUCAUUCUCUGUAACACAUAUUUGUGUUCAGUAUUUUUGCACUCAGUAUUUUUUAAUCUACAGUUUAUCAUGUAUGUACUGGGAAGCUGCCUUGCCAAAAUCUUGGAUAGGUCUGAAAUGUUCUUCCUAAACCCUUUGUCUCCUUGUGAAGCACAGAGCAUUAACAAUUCUUCUCCACCGCUCUCUGUUUUGGGACGCUUAACUCAAGGUCUUCUUACUAGCCUCUUAUUUCCUUUUUUUCUUACUAGCUUUUUCCAGAGCUUCCAAUCACAUCUCAUGUGCUGAUUAAGGUAAAAGCUCUGAAAAAAGCAAACUAAGCCAAUUUGUUCUGCGAUU